GUAAGCAAGACGGAGCUCGGACCAUCCAGGCUGCAGGCCGCGCCCACGCCGUGCCCACCGCGCUUCUUUCCAGCAUGCUGUGGCGGGGCGGCCAGGCGCUCCGGCGCUUCUCCACGGGCCCGGUUUGUUGGAAAAACAAGCUGAAAUUGGCACUUAUCGGCCAGAGCCUCUUUGGACAGGAAGUCUAUAGCUGUCUCCGGAAAGAGGGCCACCGAGUGGUCGGGGUGUUCACAGUUCCAGACAAGGAUGGAAAGGCUGACCCACUGGCUUUGGCUGCUGAGAAAGAUGGGACCCCUGUGUUCAAGUUCCCCAGAUGGAGAGUCAAGGGCAAGACCAUCAAGGAGGUGGCAGAAGCCUACCAAUCAGUGGGUGCUGAGCUCAACGUGCUUCCCUUUUGCACGCAGUUCAUCCCCAUGGAUGUGAUUGACAGCCCAAAGUAUGGCUCCAUCAUUUACCACCCAUCUAUCCUGCCCAGGCACAGAGGAGCAUCGGCCAUCAACUGGACUCUAAUCAUGGGAGAUAAGAAAGCUGGGUUUUCUGUUUUCUGGGCUGAUGAUGGGUUAGACACAGGACCCAUCCUUCUUCAGAGAUCCUGUGACGUCAAGCCCAACGACACAGUGGACACACUUUAUAACAGGUUUCUUUUCCCUGAAGGAAUCAAAGCCAUGGUAGAAGCUGUCCAGCUCAUAGCUGAUGGACAAGCUCCUCGUACUCCCCAGCCAGAAGAGGGGGCAACAUAUGAAGGUAUCCAGAAAAAGGAAAACGCUGAGAUUUCUUGGGAUCAGUCCGCUGAAGUUUUGCAUAACUGGAUUCGAGGUCAUGAUAAGGUCCCUGGAGCGUGGGCUGAAAUCAAUGGACAGAUGGUCACUUUCUAUGGUUCAUCGUUACUGAAUAGUUCCACACCACCCGGAGAACAACUGGAAAUUAAAGGUGCCAAGAAGCCUGGGCUCGUUACCAAAAAUGGACUUGUUCUUUUUGGUAAUGAUGGAAAAGCACUAGUGGUGAGAAAUCUGCAGUUUGAAGAUGGAAAAAUGAUCCCUGCCUCCCAGUACUUUUCGGCUGGCGAGACAACUGUGGUCGAACUUACGGCUGAGGAGGUCAAGGUGGCGGAGACCAUCAAGGUCAUCUGGGCUGGAAUUUUAAGCAAUGUCCCUAUUAUUGAAGACUCUACGGACUUCUUUAAAUCUGGAGGAAGCUCUAUGGAUGUUGUGAGGCUGGUGGAAGAGAUCAGACAGAAAUGUGGUGGGCUUCAGCUACAGAAUGAAGAUGUCUACAUGGCCACCAGAUUCGAAGACUUCAUCCAAAAGGUCGUGAGGAAACUGAGAGGAGAAGACCAAGAAGCAGAGCUGGUAGUGGACUAUGUUUCAAAGGAGGUCAACGGUAUGACAGUAAAAAUGCCGUACCAGUGCUUCAUAAAUGGACAGUUCAUGGACGCUGAUAAUGGAGAGACUUAUGACACUGUCAACCCGACGGAUGGAUCUACAAUAUGCAAAGUAUCCUACGCCUCUUCAGCGGAUGUCAACAAAGCAGUGGCAGCGGCCAAGGACGCCUUUGAAAACGGUGAAUGGGGAAGGAUGAACGCCAGGGAAAGAGGAAGACUGAUGUACAGACUUGCUGACCUGCUGGAAGAAAACCAAGAGGAGCUGGCAACCAUUGAGGCACUGGACUCCGGGGCGGUCUAUACCCUGGCUCUGAAGACUCACAUCGGGAUGUCUGUGCAGACGUUCAGAUACUUUGCGGGCUGGUGUGACAAGAUUCAGGGUUCUACCAUUCCAAUCAACCAGGCCCGUCCAAAUCGCAACCUGACCUUCACCAAGAAGGAGCCACUGGGGGUCUGCGCCAUCAUUAUCCCCUGGAACUACCCACUGAUGAUGCUGGCCUGGAAGAGCGCAGCGUGCCUGGCGGCAGGCAACACCCUGGUGCUCAAGCCGGCACAGGUCACGCCUUUGACUGCCUUGAAGUUUGCAGAGCUGUCUGUGAAAGCAGGCUUUCCGAAGGGGGUGAUCAACAUCAUUCCAGGCUCAGGGGGCGUCGCAGGACAAUGCCUUUCGGAGCAUCCUGACAUCCGCAAGCUUGGCUUCACUGGCUCCACUUCCAUCGGCAAACAGAUCAUGAAGAGCUGUGCUGUGAGCAACUUGAAGAAAGUGUCACUGGAGCUUGGCGGCAAAUCCCCACUUAUAAUAUUCAAUGACUGUGAACUUGACAGGGCAGUACGAAUGGGCAUGAGUGCGGUGUUUUUCAACAAAGGAGAGAACUGUAUUGCAGCCGGAAGACUGUUUGUGGAAGAAUCCAUCCACGACCAGUUUGUGACAAGAGUGGUGGAAGAAAUUAAAAAGAUGAAAAUCGGUGAUCCACUUGACAGAUCUACUGAUCACGGGCCCCAAAACCACAAGGCUCACCUGGAAAAGCUGCUGCAGUACUGCGAGGCUGGCGUGAAGGAGGGGGCCACCCUGGUGUGUGGGGGAAGACAGGUACAGAGGCCAGGCUUUUUCAUGGAACCAACUGUGUUCACGGAUGUGGAAGAUCACAUGUACCUUGCCAAAGAGGAAUCCUUUGGGCCUAUUAUGAUCAUUUCUAAAUUCCAAAAUGGGGACAUCGACGGAGUGCUGCAGCGAGCAAAUAACACGGAAUAUGGUUUGGCCUCGGGGGUUUUCACACGAGACAUAAACAAGGCUAUGUAUGUGAGUGAAAAGCUAGAGGCAGGGACUGUUUUUAUUAACACGUACAACAAGACGGAUGUGGCGGCGCCGUUCGGUGGAGUCAAGCAGUCUGGCUUUGGAAAAGACUUAGGUGAAGAAGCUCUAAAUGAAUACCUCAAAACCAAGACGGUGACCCUGGAGUAUUAGAACCAUGGCAUCAUCAGGAAACCCUUAACAUCUCAGCUUCUCAACACUUUCUAUGCUGAGGAACCUGAGGAAGAGCCAGCCGUGAACCAAAAACAUGGACCCAGACCAAGGCUGCUCGUCAGUGCAUUUACACGUGUGCCUCACACUCGUCAAUGCAUUUACACAUGUGCCUCGCAAGUAUUUUCCAAUACACUUUUUUUACUUUCAAAA